AUGGUAGACAAAACGGCCGAUCUGUUCAGUGAGUGGGAAACAUACCCUCACAAUCUCUCAUUUUCUGCCUUGGACAUCGAUGCAAAUCGGUGCCAUACGAAGUUGGGCAGAGAAUCUGAGAAACUAUAUCUAUUCGACGGAGAAGAAAGCGAAUCACAGGUUCUGCAAGUGGAUCCGAAAGCAGGUAUGUGAUAUCUCUCACCUAAAUUGUUAUCGUUAUAUCGUUUGACUGGUUUGUGAAGCCAUUCCAAAGCGAUCUAUACUCAGUUCAUCUGAGCAACUAUUAUCAUAUCUAGGAAAACCAACAACUACUCGGCUAUUGUAUGUUUUCUUUCUUUCAAGGCUCCAAGUUCAAUUACUCACUUCAAUUUAAGUCGCAUAGCACAGGAGCAUUCUUGGAGCCAGCUUCUGGUCACGGAGGAGCUUUUUCGCAAGCUCAAGACAGCACUUAAGGUACACCCUGAGUUUCUGGACGUGGUACAUGUGUUUGGCGAAAAGAUAACAGCGUCGGAAGAAAGUUUCACGGCGUUCUUCAGUCAUUUAUCCCCAGAACCUUCGAGCUUACCAGGCUGUGAUUAUGGUGUGUAUUUCCCCCAGUCACAGGAAUAGAGACUUGCUAAGGUUCUGCACAGAAAUUGCCUACAACGUAAAGUAUGUGGCAAGAUACGUGAGAAAUUCUCUCAAGGACCCAUUUUCUAUACGAGAAACUGGAGUCUACCAUAAUUACCAGAUGGAGCCAGCCAAAAGCACUUGGAUACUCCUCAACGCACCAGAUACACUUGGGGAGAGCCUUUCAGACGCCUUUGCGGAUUCUAAAACCUCAGAGCUUCUCGGGCAACUUCGUUGUCACGCGCUCAUCUUGCUUUGUCUUUCCGAGAAUUUGGCGUGA